AUGAAACUCGCACAAAUCGAAAGGGCGGUGGAGUAUCAUCUUCCCCUGUGGGAUGGGAAGGACAACAUCACCCUGCAGGAAGUCGCCGAAUCCUACAAGAACCAGGAAUAUUCGAUCAAGGAGCUUUCGAUAGAGAAAGUCUCCACGAUGAGCACGGCGGCCAUCGACGCCAUCACAAGGAAGAUCGUUACCCAGCUAUUUCGGAUGAUGGGCUUGGACCCAGCCAAAUAUACCCAGGCGUUUGAAGCGCUCGUGAUGAAAUGCCACGCGACAAACGUUCUCACUCACGUCAAGAACAGCGACUUUGGCGCCAUUAGGGACGCGUUUGCAAAGAUCGAGGCUAUGUAG